AUUUCAUCGACAAAACGAUCAACGAGCCUCUCAAGCACUGUCACCGAACUACCUGCAACAAAGGCGCCACCAAGAAACGGACAGCAAUUCACCGUGGUAUUUCACACCCCGGCAAAGGAACGAUUCGAAGAAAAAUCAAAAAUUGAGUCGAAGGUGUUGUCGAUCCUCAGCAAAGCGUUGAAGGACCAUGAUCGGAAAUUAGAAAAAAUACCGAAGGCUCAACAUGCGAACGGAGCGCUAAGUGAAGGCCUAAGCAGCACGAUAUCUCCUACUCUGAAGUCUGCUACGGAUGAAGAUAAGGGGGUCACUGAUGCGCAUCCCACAUCAGUUGAAAGAGUAGCAGAAUUUGCACUUCGUAAGGCAUUGAAAGAGAAAGGUCAAGACGACGAGCCACAACUAGCCGCACCGAACAGAUUGUAUUCUCUUACUUCCUCGUCCGUAGAAUCAAUCGAGGACUUCUCACCAAAUGCUCAAAAAUCAGGAAUCAACUUUACGAAGAUGGAUGGUUCGGCGAGAUAUUCAGGAAACAGUGCUACCACUACACUUUUGGGAAGCUCUGAGGAAGCCAAUGAAGUCAAUGAAGUGUUGGCUUUGAUCGAGGCCGACGAAAAGGCAGAAAAGGCAGAAGCCUCUUCUGAUACAAAUGAAAUCAAACGGCUCAGGGAGGAAACCAGAGCCAAGAUUAUGGCAUUUUUGCAAAAAAGAGUGGAUAAAAUGACUGCGGAGUUGGAUCGGACUACCACACCAUCUAGGACUACCUUGACUACAACUUCCCACGCCAGUACUGCCACUACAAACGUACCUAUUUCUACUGGUACUACUACAGUCAUGUCAACAACUACUUCGACAGCAACUAGCACAACUUCUACAGUGGCUUCCACGGCUUCCACCACUGUUCCAUCUAGCACCACGAAAAAAGGAAAGGGUACCGAACAGGUGGCGUUCAAACAAAUUCCUGAGGCUGAAGAGGAAGAGUUAGCCGAAGCGGCUGCGAGGAACACUGCGACAACAACGACGACAUCGACAAUGCCAAGGGAGACUAGCACCUCGUCGUACAAUUUUAAGUCUUCGGGUAAUAUCGAGCCCAAAUUGGCCAGUGUCAUCUCCCCUAUUGCUGGCAUCAUCGACAACAUUGGGCCAAUAAUUGCACCACUUCUUCGGGCUCGUGCCGCAGCAGCUGCAAAAACUGCAGGCGUGAGGACGUAUGAACCACCAGGAAGAGAUCUUUUGGUGCACUCGGAUGGAGAAAACUCGAUAAUCGGUUAUGGAACUCAACUCGCUCGGGAGAUCCUCAACCCGGGUUCUCUGCAGAGAGAUAGAGAGGAGAAGCAACGGGCUCUCGCUGCCAAAAUUGCACAGGUGAAGGAGAAUCUCAAAUACACUAGUAUCUCUGGAAAUGAGGCUCGUACCAUUCCAAUCUAUCAAGCUCUCAAACCACCUCCACUUUCCCAACCUAACUAUGUCCAACCCUUCUCACAG